AUGGCUAUAUUUGUUAAACCACAACGUGAAGUGUUUACAGAAGAGGACUUGAAGUACUUUCAAAAAUCCAACUGUCACAAGGAAUUUUCUAAAUUUGUAGAAUCACUUAGUUGGAGCGUAAAAGACAAAAGAAUUACGGAAGUUAUUUCUGAAUCUCAGUUAAUCCAAAAACUUGUUCAAAUUCUUAUUGAACUCGAGAGUCUUGUUAGUUGCUUUCCUCCAAAAGAAAUGACUACCCGUUAUGGUAAUCCUGUUUUUAAGGAUUGGCAUAGUGAAGUAAAAAAGAGGCAUCACGGUUGGCUUGAAGCUAUUCUUCCUUCACCCGAUGCCGUUAUAGAAUUUUCGGAAUAUUUUCUUAAUUCCUGGGGUAACCCGUUACGAAUGGACUACGGGACUGGCCAUGAAGCUAAUUUUAUCGCUUUUUUGUUUUGUUUUUACAAACUCAAACUUAUUACCGAGGAAGAUUUUACUGCGGUAGUUCUACGAGUGUUUAUCAAAUAUAUAAAAUUAAUGUUUCUUCUCCAACAAACUUAUUGGUUGGAACCUGCCGGAUCCCAUGGCGUGUGGGGCUUGGACGACUACCAUUUUCUGCCUUUCUACUUUGGAGCCGCGCAGUUAAUAAAUCAUAAAUAUCUUCGACCGAAAAGUAUACAUUCCGCUGAUUAUAUUGAACAGUUCUCUUCUGAUUACAUAUAUUUUCAGUGUAUCGAAAACAUUAAUAAGGUGAAAACGGAAUCUCUUCAUUGGCACUCUCCGCUGCUUAACGAUAUAAGCGGCGUGAAGACUUGGGCUAAAGUACAUUCCGGUCUUCUAAAAAUGUACAAAGCCGAAGUUCUUGGUAAGCUCCCUAUUAUGCAGCACUUUUUGUUUGGAUCGCUUCUCAAAUUUCAUUCACCUUCGCCACGCACUUUGUCUCAAGAAGAGAAAGAAAGCAUUAUCAACCAAGAACAUCACCAUUCAUGCUGUGUUUCCCAUGUUCCCUCCUCUGCAGCUGUUAAGGCCGCUAACCAACGAGUGCGUUCUAAUUAUAUCCCAUUUGAUUGAAUUUU